AUGAAGUGGUUUUUCAUCAUUGCAAUUUUGCUUAAAUGUUCUGUGCCGUUGCGUUGUGACAAUUAUUCUGAUCAAGUGCUAAACAAGACGCAUAAAGUGGAAAUUCAACGUUCUGCAGAGUCCUUUUCUCCUUUGGAGCCACAUUAUGUGAAUCACAAGGAUAAUUUGGAUGCUCCAGAAGGGAAUGGAAGAUUUCUAGAUCACUUCUUGACACAACAUUUGAGGCAGAAUUAUGAUUUUUCCGUGAAACUUAAAGCUUCUCACGUGAUUGGCGAAGAAACAUUUGCAAUGGAGGACGAAAUUCACUUGACAGUUUCUCCUUUCACAUCUGACACAGUGUUGGUGAAUGCACACUAUUCUAAUGAGGAGAAGUAUGCAAAUUCCAGCAUUGCUCAUAUGUUAAUAGAUGAGCAGAGUGAGAAUGAUGAAAACAUUACGAUGGAUUCUAUAGUUUUCCUGAUUAACAGCAAUGGAAAAGUGAUAUUGCCACAAGAUAAGCCAACAGCGAGUGUUAAUCUUGUAAAAUUACUGGCGAAAGUAUUGAUUUACAAUUGGAGAAGUCAUCAAAUGGGAGAAUUUGGGACAUUUGAGAGCUCUGAACGUUCAUUAAAAGGACACUGUCGCUUGAAUAGGGAAGUGAAGAGUAUUAAAAACAUCACAGAAAUCAGAUUUGUGACUAAAAGUUGUCCUGAACUGAAAUUUCGAUCUGAUAGCAUUGGAAAUGUUAGUAAAAUUCAUACAAAACACGAAAUUAGUUAUGGUUUCGAAGGGGAAAAAGAUUCCUCUUUGCUGAAGUACUCAAUAAUUUCCAUUGAAGAUGAAUGGCAAUUGCAGGAUUCAUUUAACUUGAUUUCUAAACUUGAUGUUAGUCUUUCGGCUAUAAAGAAUGGAAUUUCUGAUGCUGCCAAAGCGAUGAUUUUCAUGGAUAAACAUUUGGAUUUGGAGGUCAAUCGAUGUGCUAAAAAUGUCCUUAGAGAUUUUUGUCAUGUCACGCCGAGGAAUUUGAGUAAUUCUUCACUUUUCGUCGCUGGUUUGAGGUUUUCAGGAGAGGAGAAAGAUAUAGUUUCGGUAUUACAAAUAUCACAGACCGAUAAUUCCAGAUUAUCUGUCAUUUGUAAUGUGGAUUAUAACUAUUUUGGCAGAACGCUUAAGAUUGUAAACUUAUUCUUGUGGCGCGACGGAAGAAUGAGAGGAUCAGAUGUGGGUGUUAAGGAUGCAAUGUUGGCUGUAAAGAGUCAAGAUGCAAAUAGUUUAACAGACUUGACUGCAUUGCUGCUGGUUUUUCUUGAUCCUUUCCAUCAAAUGCUCUUCAGCGCCACUGUUGGCUUGUACACUUUGCUGCAUUUCAACGUGAAUUUGAUUGAAGAGAUGAGAAAUAAGAGUGUGAAGGAGUUGCGAACGUUUGAAGAUGCGCCAUUGACUAUUUGUGAAACGAUAACUGAAAUUUUGAGUGAAAAUUCUCAAGGUGAUUUGAUUGUGCUGCAGAAAAGACACUUUAUGUUUGUCAACUAUAGCAUUGAUUUGGUGAACUUGAUAGGAAAUGUUAAUUCAUCUGUUGUAGUUUCUGAUGUGCGAGAAUUUCACUUGAGCAAAUAUGAUGAAGACAAGUAUUUCAUGACGCAUUUGAAUGGUAAUAUGACAUUUUCCAUUGGCGCCAAUCUGCAGAAAAAUAUCACUUUUGGGGUAGAAUUUAUGCAAGACGAUAUAUUACCAGAAAUUGAGCCUCUAACUUCGGAGAAAAUACAAGAAGAUUCAUUCUCAAUGCAUGGAUCUGUUCCGUCUUUGGAGGAUUACAAGUAUUCCCAAUUGGGAAGUGUUUUUACUCUCGCGAAGACGCGUUUUGAGCUCUUGGAUCUCCUCUUAUUCGGUCCUGCUUUGGAGGAUUGUUAGGAUUGUUAGCAUUUUUGUGAGAUAAUAAAGUUCUAAUGAA